AUGAAGAACUUUGCCGAUGACUUCGCUCGUCAGACCAACCUGCUCAUUGGAGAGUCGGCUCCGUUUGGCAAUGGUCCUGGCCCUUCGAUGCAAGCUCUUGUCGCCAGUCUCGACGGCACCGAUCGCCAACUUGGCGACCCCUUGCCCGUCCCCGAGGAGAAGAAGGAGCGUAAGAAGCAUGGACCGAUAUUCCGCACGACGGAUUCUUCAAUGGUAUCAUCGUCUACCAUUAUAGACAUGCCGUACGAUAUUAAGAUCUCCGAAUGGGACCGAUGGGUUUAUCUGUACAACAUGCUCUUCAACCUGGAGAGUUCGAUCAGGCUUCUCAAGUACCAAGAGGAGCAUAAAGACGAGGAAGGGGUCAACGUAAAGGACAUUCUUUGGAAUAAGCAUUACUACGAGCCGGGCCCUGCCUGGCUACUUGCUUAUAUCGAGGCCGUUUCUUUUGUUGAGACCGAGGAAGAGAUGGGCGUGCGACUGGCGCAGCACCUGCGCCAGAGAAAAAAGAAGCAGCGCGAGUACGUCGCCGCCCGGGAGAAGAAGGAACGUCAAUACCUUGGACGACAAUUCCAGCUCCGCCAGAAAAUGAAGAAUAUCGGCAAAUUCAUCAAGAUUGACCUUGAUACCAAUGGUCUCCAGCGCCUUCAAGUUGAGAACGAUGACCUGCGCGGCCAGGUCGAAGGUCAGAAGCGUGCCUAG